UCGCCAAUUUGAGCGCCCGUUCUCCUCCUUAUCAUCUUCUCCCGCACUCGUGCAAGAAGGUGCGUGAUUUUCCUUCCAGGAACAAGGUAAUUAAUACAUCUUGCAGAUCAUUUGUCAAGUCAUCGAACUCAAAACACCAACCGUCUAUGUAUAGCCGUGUAUCUGUCACUCUAUAUACCUUCAGUUUGGCGGUUAUUGCUACCUUUCUUCGUCCGCUACAACUACCCCACCCGUCAGUACGUCUUCCUACCCGUGGCAUUUUCUGUCCACUGACCACUGUGGCUUUCUGCAAUUCAUUUCCCUACCUUUAGAGUAGCGGUAGAUUAUGCCCAUAGGAGAAGACGUUAUGUUUGAAGAAUCGUGGAUAUCUCCCACCAUAGUGGUCGACGACGAUGCUAUAGAUAUCCAUGCAAAACAUCUCAACAAUAUAGCUAGUAACAUCGUGACUAACGCUACCAAACUUCAAUGUCCAACGUGUUUCAGUUUCUUUCCUGAAAAAGAUUUCGGCCGAUGCAUAGGCGCACCUGUAUCAGAAUUUCCUCUCCUCAUAGGGCAGAGUGGGACGAAUCCACGGAAACGGAAGCGGACGGAGACGCGGACUGCACAUGAGACGGCGCUCGCUCCGUGCCAUGCCUGUCUAGAUAAUCUUGGGGAAGAGGAAGGAGCAACAUGGGGUAGAUGCGACAACCCAAAAUGCUGGUCGCGAAGAGAAGAUGCCUUUACGAUAAAACCAACCUCAGACGGGGAUUUUUCGGAAGAUGAUCACAUUGAUUCCUUUUUCAGAGGGUCUAUGUUCAGACCUACUAUGCCUUUCGAUCCUUCUCGCGCCCAGCUAGACGGUAAACGGACGCUGGGCCUCGUCUGUCCCAAAUGUUCACCAGAGGGCGGACUAGGCUGUUCGCACAAAUGGAUUUGUGACAUAUGCGCGUUCUGGGAUAAGCACCCAUUGGUUUGGGAGUGCCCGGGUUGCUUGGACGAUUAUUGUGAUGAAUGCGAGGAGGUUUACUUUGGGGGGUUGACAGAAGAAGAACGAUGUUUCGAAUGUGGAAAGAGGGACUUAUGUAGGAGAUGUAGGGAAGGCUUGUCAUCACCCACGGAUAGCGACAGCGGACUCCACAACCUUGAUCUGAACAAGCAACUUUUCUCAUGGAGAUGUCGGUUAUGUAGUUCUCCUGUGUGUUCGGCCUGCAUUCCUGCUGCUCAUGCAAACGGGAGGAUUGACUCAUGUCGGAAUUGUUGCUCGCAUCUAUGCGGAGCGUGUCGCAGCGUAUUGGCCUGUCAGAGGUGUGGAGAGGAGAUGUGCCAGCUCUGCUUGAGUGAGUCUUUGAUAAUGCUUUGCCGCAAGUGCGAACAUGGCGGCUAGUCAUAUGCUCCACUGUUGUGGACUGCACC